AUGACCCCAGCGGGUCGCCGUGGGGAGCGAAGGCCCUUGCUGGCAACGGGCAGGGCCUGCGAUGGGUCACCGCUCAAGGGACGCUGGGCGGCAUGCAUGGCUGUGCUGGUGGUGGAGGGCCUGGAGCGGGCGGCUUUCUUCAGCAUCACAGCCAACCUGGUGCUUUACCUCAACAGCAGCACCUUCAACUGGGGUGGCCCCCAGGCGUCCCGUGCCUCCCUGCUCUUCCUGGGGGCUUCCUACCUACUCUCGCCUGUUGGCGGCUGGCUGGCGGAUGUCUACCUGGGCCGCUAUGGCACCGUGGCCCUGAGCUUCUUCCUGUACCUCCUGGCAGCUUGCCUGCUGCCCACCACAGCCUCACUCGAUGGGCGCCUCUCCCUGUGUGGGCAGAUGCCCUCCUACUCCAUCCAAAAUUGCUCUGUGGAUCACAGCAAGACAUGUCUGGGUCAUCCCCAGUACCAGUACUGUGCUCCCGUGGUCUACUCCGGCCUCCUGGUUUUGGCUCUGGGUGUCAGCUCUGCCAGAGCCAACCUUACCUCCUUUGGCGCUGACCAGGUGACUGACCGGGGUGAGGACACCACACGGCGCUUCUUCAACUGGUUCUAUUGGAGCAUCAACAUAGGGGCUGUCUUCGCUCUUCUGGUGGUGGCCUUCAUCCAGCAGAACAUCAGCUUUUUGGUCGGCUACCUCAUCCCUGUUGCUUGCCUGGGCUUAGCCCUCCUCAUCUUCCUCCUGGCCACCCCCACCUUUGUUACCAAGCCCCCCACAGGCAGCCAAGUCUCUGUCAUGAUCAAACUAGCUUUGCAGAGCUGUGGCUGUACCUGGCUGGGGGGCAACAGGGUCAGGUGAGACAGGUCUGGGGGUUCUUUCCCCAGUAGCAGAGCACAACCCGGGGCUCCAUCUCAUGAGGAAGACCUCGCCAACUUCCGGGUGAUGACCAAGAUCCUUCCCGUGAUGCUGACUUUCAUCCCUUACUGGAUGGUCUACUUCCAGAUGCAGUCAACCUAUUACCUGCAGGGCCUACACCUCCGCAUCCCUAGCAUCUUCCAGCACGGCCAGGCCCAUGCCAGCACUACCCAAAACUACAUGUUCCCAGAUGCCUGGCUCCUCCUGGCCAACGUGGUGGUCUUACUGGCUUUGGUGCCCCUGAAAGACCGUGUCAUUGACCCAUUCUUGGUAAGGUGGAAGCUGUUGCCGUCAGCACUCAAGCGAAUGGCCCUGGGCAUGUUAUUUGGCCUUGCCUCCAUCCUCACAGCAGGGGUCCUGGAGAGGGAGCGCCUGCAGUAUGUGCAUCACAACCAGACUGUCUCGCAACAUAUUGGCAAGGACAGUUACGUGGCCGCCUCGCUGCCCAUCUGGUGGCAGAUCCCCCAGUACCUGCUCAUCGGCAUCAGUGAGCUGUUUGUCAGCAUCCCAGGCCUUGAGUUCGCCUACUCUGAGGCCCCCAAGUCCAUGAAAGGAGUCAUCAUGGGUCUCUUCUUCUUCAUCUCCGGGGUGGGCUCACUCCUGGGCUCUGGGCUGUUGACCCUCCUCUCCCUGCCUUCGCAUGGAUGGAUGCACUGCCCAGAGGACUACGGGAAUAUUAACAACUGCCACAUGGACUAUUACUUCUUCCUGCUGGCGGGCAUCCAGUUGGUUACCUGCCUUCUCUUCGCUUGGAUCUCUGUGCACUAUGAAAAACAGCCACAGCAGCCUGGCACUUGUCACCUCUGCGUGGAGCAGGAGGAGGACUGAUACUAUCAGAGGUGACCCAAGUCUUGUCCCCAUUCC